GUCAUUCACUCAGGGAGUCACUAUGGUGUUCUACUUCACCAGCAAUGUCGUGUCCCCUCCGUAUACCAUAUACAUGGGAAAGGACAAAUAUGAAAAUGAAGAUCUUAUAAAGUACGGCUGGCCGGAGGACGUAUGGUUUCACGUGGACAAGCUCUCCUCUGCUCACGUUUACCUUCGGCUACAAAAGGGGCAGACGAUCGACGACGUUCCUAAAGAUGUUCUGACAGACUGCGCGCAGCUCGUGAAAGGCAACAGCAUCCAAGGCUCCAAGAUGAACAACAUCAACGUCGUGUACACGCCGUGGGCUAAUUUAAAGAAAACCGCAGACAUGGACGUGGGCCAGAUCGGCUUUCACCGGCAGAAAGAGGUGAAAUCUGUGAUCGUAGAGAAGAAAGCGAACGAGAUUCUAAACCGCCUGGAAAAGACGAGAGACGAACGUUUCCCGGACCUGGCGGCAGAGAAGGAGACGCGGGACCGGGAGGAGAGGAACGAGAAGAAGGCUCAGAUCCAGGAGAUGAAGAAGAGGGAGAAGGAAGAGGUGAAGAAGAAGAAAGAGAUGGAGGAUCUCCGGAGUUACUCCUCAUUGAUGCAGGCAGGAAACAUGUCAUCCAAUCAGGACGGCAAUGACUCCGACGAGUUCAUGUAACGUGGUCAUGUGACCACGGGGACCCUUUUCCUCAAUGCUACCAUGACGGGAGCCUCUCCGUGUCAAACUCCAUCCAGCGUUUACUUCCGGCCUGGCUGG